CAACUUCAAGGAACUUACGGGAGAUAUCGUAGAGAAGGUUCGACGUUGGAAUGUUGAAAUUGAUGAGUUGAUCGUCGGAAUCGUUGUUUAUCGAAAUACCGAAAUCCUGGCAGCACAUAUCCAUCCACUUCUAAGCUAUGUUAGACCUGUUUAAGUUCAUUAUUUUGAUAUGGUUUCUUCACGAAAGUUAUAGCCUUACAUCUUAUGAAUCUACAAAAUCAAACGGUUUGCAAUUCCGUGAAGAAACGAUGGAGAUAUGCCCAAAAUACAGCAGGCUGUCUAAUUGUGACGGGAAUGACAAAGUUGGUGAAUUUUGACGUUAUUGUCACUUCCACUCGUUCGAAAGGUUUCAGCUGAUGAUUUCCAGAUCUAUACCACUGCGCAGCCGUUUUCCAUUCAAGUCGUGGGGAUCCCUAAAAUCACGACAUUUCCUUCGAUGGGCUCCUCAUUGUAGAAGGUAAUUCGCCCUCGAAAUUUGGAUUGGAAUAGGAUGCGGCUUUCAAUUGCUUGCUUAAACCCUAAACUGGCUAAACGCCCAACGGGAGAUUUGAGAAACAGAGACACAAAAAUUGGAGGGGUUCCGGCGACGAAGACAGAGAGAAUAAAUAGAGAGUCACCGAUUGUGAUGUCAGCGAGGAAGACGACGAUGCCUACUGGAGUUGCUAUUGACGGACACUCCGACUUUGUUGACGAACAGGGCAGUGAAAUUACUGUCAAAUGCGUUUCUGGAGAGGGAUACCGAAGGUUAUGUAGAGAAGACAUAUUGGCUUCCAAGGCAAACGUCAAAGCUAAUUGUUAUUGCAAUGUGUUGAGUGGGGUCGAGAAGCUAAGGCGAACAUUGACUGAAUCCGAGUUAGAGGCUUUUAGCAGCACUCCAUUCGGUCAUUUGCUUGAUGUUGGUAAUCUUAAAUGGGUUAAUGGACAGCUCCUAAUAGUCUUGGCGUUGAACUACGUUGAACCUAUGGAGCCAGAUAGUGAUGCAAUAUCAUUCCACAUCCGUGAUAGGGUGGUCAGUUUUAAGAAAACCGAUUUUGCACUCAUUACGGGUUUCAAAUUUGGAUCUCCAUCUGAACAAGAGAGGGAGUACACUGGCACUUCGGACAUCAGCAAGAGAUAUUUUGGGGGUAGAAGUGUUGUGACUCGUGAUGAAGUGUGAAAAAACAGAAUGUUAUCUUUUUUUUCUUUUCUAUGUCCUUUUUUUAAAUUUGGAAUACUUGUAGUUUUUUCAGUGGCUAGGAAUGAGGUGUUUUUAAGGGUCGGUGUAGUGGGAAAUGAUGUUUUUUUAAUGGUCAGUAUAGUGUUCUGUAAUGGUCAUUAGAACGCGCUAUAUCCAUGCUGGUUGGUCUAUGUGUUUUGUUAAUGGUCAGUAUAUUAUGAAAUGGGUAGUAUGACCAGAGGAGGUCAGUGCAGUGUAUUGCAUACAUUGUCGGUGUUAAUUAUUUCCAAAGCAUUAAAAACAUGUUUCGGAU